UCUAUAUUUAACCCAUUUUCCCCAUUGCAUUCCUAAUCAACUCUCUAUCUCCCAUCUUAAAUGUUUAUCGUACCAUGGCUGCUGAGCUUGGCCUUCUCUCAUUGACCCCACUUCAAAGGUUAGCUCAAUCUAAGCAAAAUCAGAAGCAACAUCAUCCUGACCCAAACUUAACGGGUGGUUCGUGGAUGUGGAACACUAAGGGGCAACCUCAGGAAGCAGACGAUGAUUCAUGGGAGGUUAGGGCCUUUGCCGAGGACACAGGUAAUGUCAUGGGCACAACUUGGCCGCCAAGGUCUUACACUUGCACUUUUUGCAGAAGGGAAUUCCGUUCAGCUCAAGCCCUUGGGGGUCACAUGAAUGUGCACCGCCGUGACAGGGCUCGGCUUCACCAAACACAGCUUGGUACUGGUACAUUAAGCAAUCCAACCUCAUCAGCUUCUACAACUACGUCCUCGUCUACUCUCUUAAUCCCGACUCAAGAAUUCACCACAAAUGGGGGCUUUUGCCACCUCUACCAAUUACCUAACCCUAUUGGGGUUUUCCCUUCUCCACCUAUGAAUGCAUGCUCCAUUGAUUCACCUUCGACUCUUCUCUCUAUUUCACCAUAUUCCUCUAACAACUUGAUGGCAGCAGCACCGCCUAUAAAUUUUCAGGUAACGCCUCCGGGAUCGAACAAUUCUUCUCCUUCUCUCCGAUACUCAGCCAAAGCUGAACCUUCAACGACAUCGGCGGAUAAUAAUCUCAAUGAUGGCAACAAUAUCAGCAGCAACUGCAAGGACACAUCCAUUGAAGAGCUUGAUCUGGAGCUUCGACUAGGGCAUAGACCAACAACAUCUUGA